CUCGGAUGGAUGUGUUAUGUGAUUCGUCACUUUAUGCUCCCGCCAAAAAACUUUCGUACUAGUUUGACCAGUUUAUAAAUUAAAUUGAGUGUUUUUUUAUAAUUAAAAAGUGAAAAUAACUUCAGUUUAUAUAAUGUGUAGUUGUUCGGUGAAAUAUUUCGUUUUGUGACUGUAAUUCACGUAUUCUGUGAUUUGUAUGUGUAAAGAUAUUUUGUACCAAAAUAAAUUCAAAUUGGACUGUGGACAGGUAAAGUAGUGACUUAUAAAAUUUUAAUUUAAUUAAAAAUGGAGUUAAAAUCACCCAAAGCGAAGAAAAAGACGUCUAAAAUAUCGUGGAAGAAAAUGUUCCGGUCACCGAUUCUCUUACUCCUUCUUCUCGGUACAUCAAACUGUGACAAUGACGUAGUGACAAGUGACAUUGACGGAGCUGUCAGAUUUGACAGCUCGAAUAGUACGAACGGUUUGAGGCUAAGGCACAUGCACUUACAGCCAGCAAAUAUAACUUAUAAUAAACAAAUUCUUAGUGAUAUUAAAUAUUUAAGAAGACAUAUGAACCGAGAAGUUAUUAAUUUUAUUAUGACAGACUAUUUAGUGGACGGUGAAGUGGAAGUACGGGUGCAUUACAACGGGAUAACUGCAAAGGAGACUUCAGUUGGGAUUAAUGGAAGGGGUAUAAAACUACGUCAGCUGACCGACGGCGGCCAUCUUGUUCAAAUAAUUUACACGCCAGACGGUGUCAUACAAGAUUGCGAAUACGUCGCCGAUAUCAAAACAACUAGAAACUUCUUAAAAACAUUAAGAAAAGAAUUAAAAUUAGCACUAGAAGAGCAAACUUAUAGAAUAUUCGAGAAAAACGAUAAUGAAGAUGAGAGAUUUUACCGCCAUUUUGGUAAUGUCACUUUGAGGUUAUUAAAAGGGAAUGAAAAAUUGCCGCCAGAUAUCGCUAAUUGGUUGGAUUAUGACAGAUUGAAAAUGGAAUGCCUGGAAAGACAUGAAGAAUUGACUUUAAUUAUGUCCAAUAAAAAUAAAAUCGGAGAAGAAUUAUUAACAAGGACUAGAAGAUCGUUCAGGGAGAAUUUUAUAAUGCCCGGAACAAAAUGGUGCGGCGCUGGUCAGUUAGCGGAAAGGUACAACGAAUUAGGCGAUGAAAGCAACGAGGAUAUGUGCUGUAGGGCUCAUGAUAACUGCCGGGCCAACAUCGGCGCCUUCAGAAAGCGAUUUGCCUAUUUUAACUAUAGGCCGUAUACGAUCUCGCAUUGUCGUUGCGAUAGGAGAAAAAAACGGGACGCUAUGGAGUUACUACGAGUGCCUGGCACAAAGUGGUGCGGUAAAGGCUUCUCUGCCACACAUUACUCCCAACUUGGAGGUUAUACACGCACUGACAGAUGCUGCCGUGUCCACGAUCUUAGAUGUCCAUUUUGGAUCGGCGGUAUGGAGAAGAAAUAUGGACUUUACAACUGGCGAGUGAACACACUGAUGCAUUGCAGAUGCGACGAAAGGUUCCGUGCGUGUUUAAAACUGGCCGAUACUUCAGUUUCCAAUAUGGUUGGGAAAUUAUUCUUCAACGUGGUACAAACGAAAUGCUUCAUACUGAAACCUGUUAAAAUGUGCACACAACGAUCCUGGUGGGGGAAAUGUUUAAGGAAAGGUUACCAAAAGCAAGCGUUCUUGAGAGACAACCUGCCGUAUUAAAGAGUUUAUGCCUAAUGUAGUCCCUUUCUCUUUCUUUUCUUAUAAGAGUAAGGGAAAGUGAAUGUGACUGUAGAGACGCAUAGGAAGGGGAAAUAUCUUUAUGUGCGUAUCCGUCGAUUAAGGGUAACGCAUCUGCAAUUGCAGAGGUUAUAUCGCCGUUUGGGCGAAUUAUAGCCGCUUGCUCAUUUACCACCUUAUAUAAAACCCUUACAAUGUUAUCAUGUAUGCCGCAAAUUGCAUAUUGAACACAAGUUAUUAACAAAUUAAUAGGUCAUAUUUCCGUAUACCAAACAAGAUUCUGGCCCAAUAAGAGAAUUGCAUCUAUGACGUUUCUGGUAAAAAAUGUUUUUUUGUAAAUGAACUCAUUCGAUAUGGAGUUUAACUACUCUAUGAUUUUCUUUGACAUUUUACAGGAGAAAACGGUUUGCCAGUGACAUUUGUGAUGAGUGUUGCUAUUAAUUGCAGUUUUGUGUUUAUCAAGGCAAUAAAUGUUAGAGUUGCAAUGUGAUUUGUCACGUA